AUGAAAAACUAAAAUGAAUCUAUGUAUAAAAGAGAGUUUAUACCUUUUGAUAAAGAUGAAAUAUAUGCUAAAAAAGAAAAUGAUUUUGUAGGAAAAGUAUAAUAAUAUUAUAAUUAAUAUAAUUAAUAUAAUUAAUAAGCCCCUAAUAAUGUAUAAAAAAGCUUAUAACCUUUAAUAUAAGGUUUAGAAAAAGUAUAAAAUAGACCUAAAACGUAAUUAGAACAAUUUGCUGAAUCGAAAAUUAAUGAUUUAUCAUAAAUUAAAAAUGACUAUUUAAAAUCUGGUGGAAACGACCCUUAUUUAGUAUAAAAUAUUGAUAAUUUAUAGAGAUUUUAUUAAACAAAAUCAUAAUCAUAAUAGUAAUAAUAAUAACAAUAAUAUUAACCAAAUAUAAUAUAAUAAUAAUAGCAAUAUUAAUAUUAAUAAUAAUAAAAUUAAAAUAAUUAACUAAUUUAUUAAAAUAAUAUUGAUAAUAAUAAAUAAACAUUCGAAAACGACUCUUUAGAUAAAAUGAUACAAUAGAAAAUUUAACAAAUAUAGCUAACAAAAAAUAAAAUAAAUGAACAAAAAUAAAAAUAAAAUUAAUAUUUUAACUAAAACAUUAAUCAAAUAUAAAACUAAGAAUAUAAAACAAAUCAAAUAUAAUAACAAUAAUAACAAAUAUAAUAGUAAUAAUAAUAAUAUUAAUAAUAAUAAUAAUAAUAAAAUUAUGACAAAUAACCAAAUAGUGAAAACCCUUUUUCGAUUUUCACAAUUAAAAAUGAGUUUUUCCUUCAUAAUGAAGUUCGUUCAGUUGAUUUAGAUAAAGAAGAAAGAACAAUAAUGAACAUUAGCUAAUAAGAGAUAGAUGAUUUGAGAGUGCUUUCCCGAAUUCCAGUAGGAACAGAACUAUAUAGAUUUAAAAUGGAAUAAUAUAAAUAAUUAUCAACUACACGAGCUGAAAUAGAAAAAAUUGUACAAGAAUAAAGACUAGCAAAAAUGAGAAGAAAAUUCGAACUUGAAAGGAAAUAUAUGGACAGAAAAUUCGAUAAUUAAAGAUGGAUUGAUGAUUAAAGAAGAUGGAUUUUAGCUUCUAAAAUCAGAAAUGAAUAGGAAAAUACUGAUGAAGUUAAUAUACCAAAGGAUUAUGAUACAAAUUAAGGAUUUUUAGUACACUGGGAUUAUAUUUUAGGUUUACCUCGCCGAAUUUCUCUUUCUUAGAUUGUAUUUGGCAUAUAUACUAAAAACUAAACUAUUUUCUAGCCUAAAUUAGUAGAUCCACAUGAUACGGAAAUAGAAAGUGCUUAAACUGUCAGGUGUAUAAUAGGAGACUAGAAUUAAAUAUUCGAUAUUCCUGCAGAUCCUGAGACGUUAAUUAUAAUGGAAGUUUAGAUUCCUUAAUCGAAAAAUCUAUAGGAUAAUAUUGGCCGAACUGAUACUUUUGGAUGGACAUAAGUAGACUUAUUUGAUUAUAAAAGGACUCUUAAAAGAGGUAAAUUUAAAUGUCCUUUAUAUUACGGACCCACAGAACCUCAAAUACCUAUACCGGAAAUAAAAUACCUUGAACCUAUACCCGGUGCAUGGAUAUAUUUCAGAAUAGCCUACCCUAAUGAUGCGGAAUAUGGUCAAGUCUAAUCUCUUUAUCCCGAUUAAACUAUGUAUGAAUACAUAAUCCCUUAAAUCCAUCUCAGAAACAUCACAGGAGCACGCUAAGACAUUUUAGAUAUAGAAGGAGAACCAGAACCUUUACCAAACAUAACUUAUUAAAUUAAUAAUUCCUAAAUACCAUAACCAGGACAUUAAAAUUAAUAAAAUGAUAUAGAACCCAAAUAAAUACCUUAAUUAAAAUAUUAUAAUCCAUAACAAAAACCAAAAACUAUAUCCGAUAAAUCAGAAACUCCAGAUAAUGAAAACUUUGGUGGUUUAGCAGUUAUUAUAAAAGAGAUUUAAAAUCAUGUAGCAGGUUCACAUUGUAGAGUUUAAAUUGCUCUUUUAGAGGACAAUUACGUUAUAUAGGAUAAAAAUGGUUUAAAUUGUACUUUUAAUACAUCUAUACAUAAUCCUUUAGAUAAUAAAUUCAAAUAUAUACCUUAAAAAGAGCCUUUUGAUUUAGAUGUUUAGAAUCCACAUAUGGAAAAUAUGAAUAAUAAAGAAUAAGGAUAAAAUAUAAUGUUUAAUGAAAGAUAUAAAUUCUUAUAAAAUAUUAUAGGAUUAUAUAAACAAAAUAAAAAAGAUAUAUGGCUUGCUAUAUAAGUAGUUGAAAAACCGAUUCCUGUAUAAUUAUAAGAUGAUAUACUUGUUGAUACAGCCCUAAAUUAUGCGGGAUUAGACUACGAGCCUAUAGGAUGGAAUUUUUUUAAAGUUAUAGAAGGAGGAAAAUUAAGAAAAGGAGAAUAAAAAAUUAUACUUUAUGAACCUCCUAUUAGGAGACCACCAGUAGAUUUAAGUCGAGUUAAAUAGCUUAAUUAAAGAACAUAAGUAAUUAUAAAUUUAGAAAAGUUAGAAUUUACAGAUAAGGAUUUAAAAUACGCUAGAGAUGCUACUAAAAAGAAAAAAUCCAAUAGUGAUAAAUCAAAAUUAAAUAUUUCUUUAAAUUAAAAAUCUAAAUCUUAUAAGAAUUAAAAUUAAAAUUAAAAUCCUUUUAUAUAAAAUAAUGAUUAAUAAUGGAAUACUGAUAGUAUUUAUACAAAAAAUAUGGGAAUAGAUUUUUAUAUAGAUGGUUUAAGACAUUUACCUGAUAAAGUUACUGUCACAAAAAUAAUAAUAGAUGUAGUAAAUAUAAAAUAUUAAACAGUUUUUGAAUAAGAAUCAUGUCUACCUGAAUUAAAUUCCACUUAAUAUAACCCUGUAUUUAAUUAUAGAAGAGAAUUAAGAAAGAAUGUAAUGGAUCCAACUAGUCUUAUUUUAUUAACAACUGUUACUUAUGAUAAUGCAUCCAAAAAGUCGAAAUGUGUUGGAUAUUCAGGAAUUUAGUUAUUUAUAAAUCCAUAUACUAAAGAAUAACCUUAAGAUUAAAAUGAAAAUGAAUUUUGUAUUUACGAAGGAUAUUAUUAACUUCCUAUAUAUUCAUAAUAGAUAGAAAGAGAAUAUCCAUUUAAUAUAAAUUAAUUAUAAAAAUUAGAAAGAAUACCAUGUGCGUCUAUUUUAGUAAGACUAAAAAAAGCAGCACUAUCAGACGAUGGUUUACGAUGUUUAUCAAUAAAAGAAUUUCCUUAAAAAGACUGGAUUUCUAAAGGUUUAGUAGAUCCAUAACCUGAAUAUAGUGCUGGAAAAUAAAAAGGAAUGGAAUAAUUUUUAGAUUAAGUAUUAAAAUUUGGACCCGACACAUAAAUAAUAGAUAUGAUGUAUUUUGCAAAAUACGACUAAAAAGUAGGUAUUAAUUUUUCUUUAGAUGGUUUAAAUAAAGUCCCGAAUUCUAAAUGGAUUUAUUCGGGUUUAAUAUCUUUAUUUCCUCCAGGCAAUUAUUAUCUUAAUAGUGUUUAAUAAAAUUAAGACUAAAUUUAAAUGAUAUCUUAAUGCGAUUUAUUAUCUCCUGCAGAGUCUCCAAGAUUUAAACAAGGAUUUAUUUCUUAUACGGAUUAACCAUUUGACAGAUAUCUCUCUAUUAUAGUAGAUAUAAAAGCUUUAUAAAUUAAUAAAAAUGAGAAAAAAUUAUAAAAUAUAGGUUGGACUUUAGUUCCUUUAUUCUCUCCAGAUGGAUAUGCACUUUCGAAAGUUUUUUAAUUACCACUAAUAAAGGGUGAAGUGAAUCCUGUUAUACUUUAAGAAAUGAAUAAAAGAGAUCCUUGGGAUGUUAUAUAGGAAAAAUUAAAUUAAAAAAAUAGCAAAUUUAAGCUAUGUGAAGAAUAUACAUCUAUUAUGGUUAGAGUAGUUGAUGCUUAAAGAGAAGGACAUUUCUAAAUUCCUUAUGAUUUAGAAAGAUUGGAUUAUAGAUAUUUACCUGAAGAUUAAAAAAAAAGAAAAGAAUGGGCAUAUACGAAGGCAACUGAACUUUAUUUAUAAAAUGCGAAAAAAGUUUUUUAGAAUUUUAGUUAAUUUAAAACUAUACCAAAUGAUUACGAAUAAGAUAAGUUUAAUUAAUAAAUUACAUUUGAUUUCGGAUCUGCUUUAGGAAUAGAAAAAUACUUUAAUUAAUAUAAUGAUUGA